CAGACCUUCCAAAAUUCCAUAGUAGGCCGAGGUUAAAGUUGAACUUUGUCCUAAAUUGCUUUCAUGGCGUAGGCCCAGUAGCCUUUCGCACUAUUUGUCAGUUGUAAAACUUAAGCCGCGCCAAAUGACGAACAGUAUUAACAGGUUUCUAAUGAUUUCACAAUACUAACUUGGAGUAUCGUCGUGAAUUGCACAGCAUUUUCGACAAGCAACAGAAAGACAGUAGAAAAGGUGUGCCUGGAAGUGGUCUAAUGAUGGACAAAUCAAAGGCUGAAAUGGACAGUUUGGGAGCAGGGUGCCAUGGAAGUCCAGUUGGCGUUCGACUGGGGGCAGUGAUGGAACAUCUCCAGAGGCAGCAAGAAGCCAAACUGCAGUUGGAACGCGAGGAAAAGCACCUUCGUCAAGCCCAGCUCGCGUUUGCCAAGCAUGUGGCUGCAGCAAGAGUCUCAGGGGCCCCACUAGACUCGACUUUCCGAGGAAAGAGCAUCGAGAGGACACGAACAGAGCAGCAGCAGACUGGUGAUCGCCACCAGAGCAGUAUAGGUUAUGAGAACGAAGAAGACGAACACGGCUCUGAAGGGGAAGACGAUGAAGAGGAUGACGACAUGGAUGACGAGGAGCACAGUGAGGGAGAAGAGGGCGAAGAUGCUCUGGCACUCAACUUAAAGAAACCCCCACUCCAACAAAAGCCCAUUUUUUCUUUUACUCCUUUUUCAACAUCACUUCCCACUGAUCAGCCAGCCUCGUCACCUCCAAUGACUUUCAAACAAGAACCCGAGGAAAAGGAGCUGUCUCCCAUCGACCAGCAUUCAUUCACAUCACCCAAUGGACUUACUGACUGGAGUUUUGAUGAGCAAUUCAAGAAAAAAGGUAGCGUGAGCUGGGCUGAGGAGAAUGAAGAGCAGAGUCGUGCCAGAGCAGAGCCGUCCAGAGACUUCGCCAAGCUCUACGAAUUGGACGGUGACCCAAAUCGCAAGGAGUUCCUGGAUGAGUUGUUCAUCUUCAUGCAGAAAAGAGGCACCCCGGUGAACCGCAUCCCCAUCAUGGCCAAGCAGGUGCUGGACCUGUACAAGCUCUACAAGCUGGUGACGGAGAAGGGAGGCCUGGUGGAGGUCAUCAACAAGAAGAUCUGGAGGGAGAUCACCAAGGGCCUGAACCUGCCCACCUCCAUCACCAGCGCUGCCUUCACCCUCCGCACACAGUAUAUGAAGUACCUGUACCCGUUUGAGUGUGACAAGAAAGGGCUGAGCUCCCCGGGCGAGCUGCAGGCCGCCAUCGACGGGAACCGGCGCGAGGGCCGGCGGGCCAGCUUCAACAGCAGCCUGUUCCGCUACUCGCCAUCGCAGGCCUCGGGCACCCACGCCCUCCUCUCCUCGCCCAAGAUCCACACGCACACCUCCGGACACAACGGCCUGCACUCGCCCCCCAGCCAGGCCCUGAAGAGGAGAGCAGAUGACGCGAGCGGCAUGCUGCCCGGCCGGCUCCCCAUGGCGCAGGGGCAGCAGCAGAUGGCCCAGGCUGCCACCCUGGAACACCUGAGGGAGAGGCUGGAGAGGGCCGGAGGGGGCGAGGGGCCAGAGAGGAAGAUCGCGCGGCUGGCAGAGGAGCAGCAGCGUCUGAUCCAGCAGGCCUUCCAGCAGAACCUGCUGGCCAUGGCCUCUCACUUCAACCCUGUGAAGCUCCCAGCAGCAGCCAACCACGACCAUGAGAGCAAACAAGAUCUGUCUCUGAGUAUUUCCACCAACGGGGCUGCUAGCAUCAGUGUGUCAGUGGAGGUGAAUGGCACUCUUUACUCAGGAAUGCUGUAUGCCCAGAAGUCCUCCGCAGCCUCGUUGGUGUCCAUGACAACAGCUGGUCAGAGUGGGUUUGGCAGCAUGUCGUCGACACACAGCCCCACCUCCUCCUCCUCUCCCUCGUCCUCUAAGGGUCCCAACUGAGUGCAUCACUUCUCUCAGCUGAGAUGGAGCCGUCAGAGUGCAUCUAACAGCUAGAUACAUCAGCCAAAUUCUACCGUGGAAACACUCAAUUCCCUUCCCCUUGCCUCGUCAUGCACCUCCUGCUUGUCGACAAUAUUCUCACGCACGAGCUGCUCACAGUGGUUCAUCACGUUGUGUGUUACAGGUAAACACUUAUUUUUGGUGUCUUUCAUUUUCCUGAUGUCAACUGUGAAUUCAAACUGACUUUGGUCUUUGUGAAUUUCUUCCUCAUUAACUGUUUGUAUUAGCAUUAGUCAUAUCAAGAUGGUCUGUAGACUUGAUUUUAAUUUCUUUAUGAAAAUAUUUAGAAUUGCGGAAAUGGUAAAGGAGUCUUGUACAAAUGCAGCUUUUAAGACGGUAACGCUGUAUGAUAGUUAAGUUAACAGCCAGCCCAACUGUAGAGUUGGGUGGGUAUCUACCUCUGUGGACCAAUGAAUACAGAAUAUCACUUGUUUACAUGUUCGUCUCUAGCAAUAAGACAAAAUCAUCUGUCUUUGUAACCAUUUUGUGUCCAUGCAUAUUUAUGGAAAACCCCCCAAAAAAGCCUUGGAUACAUUUGGCUGCAGUUCAGAAGGGCGAGAUGUUUAUAAUCAAUCAACUUCUUACCUCAUUUGCUUUUCCAUGUUUUGGGAAGGGUCUUUCUCAGGAAUGUCUGUUAGGCCAAGAUGGAUACCCUGAUUUACAGUGGCAGUUCAUUCUGUUCCAAAACACACCCACACCUUUGUGUUUUUGAAUUUUUUUUAAUUCAUCUUUGCAUUGAUCUGAAGAAUAUCAGAGAGACAUUCAACCAGGUCUACCUCACUUUCUAACAAAGAGUUGCUUGUGUUCUAAUUUAGUAGUUUAGUUUCAUUUUUAGAUGGAGUGUUUGAAUCACUGCAGGAAGCAUAUGGCCUGUCUUUAUUUAAUACUGCUGUAUGCAAUCAGAGAAUCAAUAUCCUGUAUACCUCUCACACUACACAGAAUGCCUUGGGAGUGCUACAGCUGACAACCAAAGACCUGUUUGGUAUUGUAGGAAACAAGUCUUCUUUUUGAUAAUCACCCAAUGUAUUUCCUAUGUGGACAUUGCCUUGAGGAAAUAAAUCUGAUGUGAAAACCUG